AUGGCUGUCUCUACCAGUAGCUCCAGUGCCUUCCUCUUCCUCACUCUACUCUGUUUUGCUACAACUCUCCCGUCACCUGCCAACGCGAGGCAUUUCCCUCGCAAGGAUGGCAGUACCAGCGCCAUCAACAGCGUCCGCAUCAAGUUCUCCUGGCCUUUCUCAAGGGACGGUGCCGGCAGCGGCCAUGGCUCCGGCGACGGCCACGGGUUCGGCUGGGCCGUGUCGCGCAACGGGUCCGACACGACGAUCGGGCUCGGCGGUGGCAUCGGGGGAGGCGUAGGAAGCACCCGUGACGGAGACGGGAGCAGCGCCGGUGGCGGCGUCGGCGUGGGGGUCGGCAUCGACGUGGGGAAGAACGGGAUCGACGUGGGCGUUGGCGUUGGGGGAGGCGGCGCCGCGAGCGAGCAGAACCACGACGGUGGUGUCAGUGUGGGCCUUGGUGGUGGAGCGGGCAUAGGGUUCCAUAUCGGCAAAGGAGGUGUCAGCGUCACGAUGACACACGGUACUGGUGGAGGUGGAGGCGGUGGCGGCAGUGACGGUGCUUCGGGCGGAGGCAGCGGGGUUGGACGGGCAGGCAACGCUGUGGGGAGCGGCCAGGGUUCCGGAAACGCGAGCGGCGGCACGGGGAGUGGCAGCGGAGGUGGAUCCGGCUCCGCACCAGGAGCAACCGGUGGUGGUGGUGGCGGCGGCAUGGGUGGGAGCAGCGGCCAUCCGUGA